AUGAGUUCCGUUUCAUUCCGUAUAUCGCGCCAUCCGUGUUGGGUUUUCAGUCGGUCAGCUUCGAGGUCAGCGAGUCGAGGUCGGCGGUCUGGAAGAGGGCGGUCCGACCAUUCCGCCCGUCGUCGUGGCGAUACGCGUUCCGAUAGGUAUAGCGAUGUCCACUCUGAGCGUAUGCGGGCGUAUGGCAGCACUGCGCUUAGCCGUUCACACUCUACCCGAAAGUCUGGAAAAAACUCCGAGCAGAUUGUUGGCGGUGUUGGUCAAGACGCGAUCGCGCUGAAGACGGAUACUGUGGAGGUCCGCCAGGUUGACCGCACUAUCUUGGUCGGCGCGAAGCGGACAACUCACUCCGAUGCAUCUGCGAAACAACGCUCCUUCGUCCAGGAGGACUCUGAUGAUGCAUCCGAGGAGGGUGAAAUCGUGGAGGGCAUCGUGCUCGACGAGGACGAGCAAGACGUGGAGAAGUUCCUGGAACAUCGCAGGCGUGAGCGCCAGAAGCUGAUGGAAAGGUUGACUUCCGAAUCACGGCGUGGCUCAACUUCUGCAACAUGCUCAAUCGAUCCCAACGACGUGUCUGCUGCAGCUGCUGCCCCCGACGGUAAUGCACUGAAUACUAAACCCGAAAAUUCUCAUGCCGUUGAAGAGUCCGUCGCUAGUCAACUACAAAAACGUCUGGUUGCCAGCGGCUGCUCGACUACCCCGGAGCAGGCGGCUGGCGCCGACGGCGUGUCGUUAUCGAGGCCUUCAGAAGAGGAUUGUCUCGGUAAUGUUGAUAAAACGGCGACGAAUGUAUCUGAUCUAAGGCACCCGAGCGUUGAAUUGGCUAAUGCCCCUGCGGAGCACGAGAGUGUUCCAGCCGUUGCCACGGCCGUGUCGCCGGAGUCUAAACCCAUGUAUGGAUAUCGUGCAUUUGUUGCGGCCCCCAGCGACGGUGACAAAAUUAAGGAUGCCAGUGCAAACAACACGGAUGCGCGCGGGCCUUCUACCCCAGUCACCGGUGGCAGUACUGGUCAGCCUUUGAGCGCCAACUCGGAUGGCGCAGCCGCAACUUCAUCACGGCUUGCGACAGCGCCCACGCUCGAACGCCCUUCGAAAAGGCGCAACCCUUUCACCAUGUUUUUGUCAAGACUUGGUUCGCCGCAGCAAAAUGCGGCGGCCGACCCUCCCAAGCCUGCCUGCCCAGACUUCACAGUGCUCUGCACCCAGGCGGCAAGCGGCGUAACUUCAAUGCAGUCCAAUGAAGCUACGGAGAAUGUUACUAAUCAACACUCGGAAGAUGUUUCCCUGAACAACGGCGGCACGCUUCCUAGCGAAGCAGCACCCGUCGAACACAACGACGCACCGCCGUCCGACAGGCAGGAACCGGCGUCCCCCAGAGGGCAACCUGCCAAUGAGGUCGCUGCCGCCGAAAUACCCGUCAACGGCACCGACGAUGCUGUAUCCACGACUGAACACGCAGUCGCAUCGGCGGAUCAACCGUUGGUCGAAAGCAAUGCCCCUGUUUCGUCCGUUGAGGUGGGCGUGCCGCUUCCGCCGGUUUUCGCAAUGUCCUCGGAGAACAUCGACGACAGCCAUAUAUCAGACCUCACCGUUUCGGACAUCGACGAGGACGAACCGUACCCCGCGUCUGUCCCCGCAGCCGCGCCUAAGCCUUCCGCGUCUGCCAUCAUGAACGCCCUGCAGAGCGAGAUCAUGGAGCAGAAGGUAAAGCUGCGCAACAUGAUGCUGAAGAUGCGCGAGGAGCACAAGUCCGGGUUUUAUGAGGUGGGAAGUUCGGUUGCGGACGAAUAUGCGUUACAGGAUGACGUGGGUGACGGCGACAGCUCCACCGCGGCGCACGACGACCCCUCGGCUGCGGACGAGUCCGAGUCCGGGGACGAUUCCGACGACGACAUGGACAUGUUCGCCGAAGUCGACGACGAGUCGAAGAGUGCCAAGGAGCCGUCCGCCGCCAAGCGGCGCAAACGCCCGCGCCGCGCUCCUGCGGUCCGGGGCCUGAGCGACGAGUGGAACGACGCCGAAGGAUACUACCAGGCCACCAUCGGCGAGGUUUUGGGCAACCGCUACCGCGUAGUGUCCGAGGUCGUGGGGAAGGGCGUGUUUUCGUCAGUCGCAAGGUGUUUUGACAGUGAGUCGAAUGUGCAUGUGGCCAUCAAGGUAAUCCGCAACCACGAGAUCAUGGUCCGCGCUGCGGAGAAGGAGAUUGGGAUCUUGCGCCGCCUCAACGAGAGCGACCCGGACGACCGCCGGCACAUCGUGCGGCUGCUCGACCAGUUCGACUACCGCGGCCACCUGUGCAUGGUGUUCCCGAUGUUUUGGGGCAACCUCCGGAGCGCGCUGCGGCUGCACGGCAAGGGCCGCGGCGGCUUCAGCCUGCCGUACGUGCACUCGUACACGCGGCAGCUGUUCAUCGCGCUGCGCCACAUGUGGCGCAACAGCGUGAUGCACGCCGACCUGAAGCCGGACAACAUCCUGGUGAACGAGGACUUCAGCCGCAUCACCGUCUGCGACCUGGGCAGCGCCAGCGACGUCAGCGAGAACGAGAUCACUGCGUACCUGGUGAGCCGGUUCUACCGCGCCCCCGAGAUCAUCCUGGGGCUGCGGUACGACUGCAAGAUCGACGUGUGGAGCGCGGCCGCCACCAUCUACGAGCUUGCGACCGGCGACGUCCUGUUCGCUGGGCGGACCAACAACCACAUGCUGAAGCUGAUGAUGGAGGUGAAGGGCAAGGUGCCCAACAGGCUGAUCCGCGCCGGCCAGCUCGCCUCGCAGCACUUCGACGAGAACAUGGACUUCGUCUACGUCACGCGCGACUCGUUCACGCGGAAGGACGCCGUGAAGCUGCUGCGCGACCUGCGCCCGACGCGCAAUCUCACCGACUCGCUCCUCGAGCGGCAGCCCUGGAUCAAGGCCAACUCGCCCAAGAAGGAGGCCAUGGUGCGGAAGAUGCGCCAGCUGGGCGACCUGCUCGAGCGGUGCCUCGCGAUCGACCCCGCGAAGCGGCUCACACCAGAAGAGGCUCUGCAGCACCCCUUCAUACGGGGUUAA